CCAGGCUGUGUGGGCAUUGUUCCCUUUGCCUUCCCUAAAACGAGAGAACUUCAACAAAAAAAAAUCACCCGACCCAAAGCAAAGAGUACUUUUUAUAUACGGAAACCCGACCCGAGGGGUUGUUUUUAUAAUAUCCAGUAGAAUUCAUUUAAUAUCAUGGCAUAAUUAAGACAAAAGCAAAACUGAAUCCAUAUUUGCAAGAAAAUUAAUCUAGUUUGCAUAGGAAAUUACAAUACAAUGAAUACUCUCCAUAAAUUGACUAUAAACUUGGGUAAGCUUUUAGGUUAUAUUUGUUUAAUACAAAUGAAUUUCAUUUCAUUUAGAUAUGGUAAACAAAGACUUUUGUGCAGCUGCCAAGGCUAGGAAAAGAGUUCUGAGGCAGGGCCUGAGCAGAGUUUGGUUGCGAUGCCGUUCCACAGUGGAAAAUCCACCAGGAGUGAAAACUAUGCCUCAAUUCACUGUGCCCACGGGUAUACUAGGCCAAGCAACAUGCCACACACACCCUCACCUCAUACAACCAGGAUAUUUGACUUGUGGGAUUACUCAGAUGGAAUACAGAGAGCGGAGAGAAACACUGGUCAAUAAACUAGUGUCUGAAAUGGAGAACACUCAUCAGAGUCAUAUUAUUGUAAUACCUGCAGCCCGUAAGCAGUACAUGUCAGAUAAAAUCCCAUAUGUGUUCCGACAGAAUUCUGACUUUUAUUAUUUAACAGGAUGCUUAGAACCCUCAGCCAUAUUGGUUAUAGUGAAACCAGCUCAGACUGAUAACUUUAAAAGCAUAAUGUUCGUGCACGACAAAGACUCGCACGCCGAGUUGUGGGAGGGCCCGCGUACCGGAUGCGCAAGCGCCGCGCAUCUGUUCGCCGUGGACGAGGCCCGACCCGUUGAGAGUUUCGGCAACUUCAUUAGCAAAAUCACGAAAUCAUCACGUCCGUCUAUGGUUUGGUACCACAACGAGAGUCCCGCUAACCCGGACAUUGAUUCUGCUGUGCGUACAGCCCUGCGCGACGGGCAAGCUUCGUUACAAGACCCACAGAGGGCGCUGCAUUUUAUGCGCGUGCGCAAGUCGCCCGCCGAGAUCGAGCUCAUGAAGGAGACGUGCUACAUCGGCUCCCAGUCCAUCAACAUGGCCAUGGCUUGCACUAAACCUGGCGUCACAGAGCACCAAGUGAACGCGGUGCUAGAAUACACUUGCCGUCAGGGAGGCGCGGAACACUUGGCCUUUCCGCCGGUAGUAGCUGGCGGACCGCGCGCCACUCACAUACACUACAUAGCCAACAAUCAGACGUUAGCCGCGGACGAAAUGUUACUCGUCGAUUCGGGUAGCCAGAGGUGGCUUUACAACUCGGACAUCUCUCGGACGUGGCCGGUGUCAGGCAAGUUCUCCAAACACCACAGAAUACUCUACGAGCUAGUACUUGCUGUACAGAAACGUCUGAUCGAGUUGUUAGGUGAACACCGUCCAGCGCUGGACCAACUAUUCGACAGCAUGUGCCGACUGCUGGGCACACAUUUACAGCAGGAAGGGAUUAUACCCAAACACGUGGACGGAAACGAACUCAUAGGGAAAGCGUACCGCCUAUGCCCGCACCACGUGUCCCACUACUUGGGGCUGGAUGUCCACGAUUCUCCCCUCGUGCGUCGCAACUCGCCCGUAACCGCCGGCAUGAUCGUCACUGUAGAACCAGGUAUCUACAUCCGCCCUGACGACGAAACAGUUCCUGCAGAGUUCCGUGGCGUAGGUAUACGUGUUGAAGACGAUGUAUUGAUCACAGAAGGGGACCCGUUAGUACUGACUGAGGCGUGCGUUAAAGAGGCAGACGAUAUCGAGGCGAUCGUAGGAAAACACUCAAUGUGAAACUGCCCCUAUAGUUAGAUAUAGGCAGUGACUCCGCUUUGACCCUUCGUCUGUGUAAGGGGCCGUCCAUAAAUUACGUCAUCGAUUUUUUCAGAUUUUAGACCCCCCCCACAAUCAUCCUAUCGUCAUUUCUUAAUGACCCCCCCCCCCCCUUCUCCCAAAAUUGACGUCAUUACCAGUUUGACAAAAUUAAAACAUUGCAGAUUUGAGAAAAGCUAGUAUUAUAUGCAAUAUUAUUGUUAGAGUAUUUUAUCUGUAGUUAUUACUGUAUUUGUGUACAUCUAUGUUGCAUUAUGUAUGUUUAUAUUACAUUUGCAGUCUCACUUACUAGGUGUGCUGGAAGAAAUUUCUUUUUAGAAAUAAUCUUUUUGUACAUGAACAAUAAACUAUAAAUAAAUAAAUAAGAAUGACGUCAAUUUCGUAACCCCCCCCUUUUCUAUCAUUUACCGUCAUCCGCAGACCAACCCCCCCCCCCCCCCUAAUUUAGAA